AAAAAAGGGAAACCUAAGCAGUGUGCAUUUUGAGAGGGGUAGUUCGGGAAUUGGGAUUCAUCGUAAAGUUCUGGAAUCUACACCACCUCUCGCCUCUACGUUCCAAUCUCCGAACCCUAACUUAACCCAACCCAACCCAACCAAACACAUCUUCUUCGCUUCCUUCGCAUCUUCCCCUAAUUCCAUUGUUCCCCAAUUUCACUGAACCAAUAAUAAUUAUUCGUUUUUUUUUUAAUUUUUGAUGCCGAUAAAAAAUGCCGCCUAAGCAGCAAUCAAAAGCUGAUUUAGCGAAGAAGCAGAAGAUUGUAGAGGACAAAACCUUCGGCCUCAAGAACAAAAACAAGAGCAAAAAUGUCCAGAAAUACGUCCAGAAUCUCAAGCAGUCCGUGCAGCCCAGACCCGAUCCCACCAAAGUCGAUGCAAAGAAAAAGAAGGAGGAGGAGAAGGCCAAGGAGAAGGAGCUGAAUGAUUUGUUCAAAAUCGCUGUUACUCAGCCUAAAGUUCCAGUUGGUGUUGAUCCCAAGUCCAUACUAUGUGAGUUUUAUAAAGUGGGGCAGUGUGCCAAGGGAUUUAAAUGCAAGUUCUCGCAUGAUUUGAAUGUUCAGAGGAAAGGGGAAAAGAUUGACAUUUACAGCGAUAAGCGUGACCAGGGCACGAUGGAGGAUUGGGAUCAAGAGACCUUGGAGAAGGUGGUGGAGUCGAAGAAAACCGAGUAUAACCAGAAUAAACCAACUGACAUAGUCUGUAAAUACUUUUUGGAUGCCGUAGAAAAGAAGCAAUAUGGUUGGUUUUGGGACUGCCCCAAUGGUGGCAAGAAUUGCCAUUAUAGACAUGCUCUUCCACCUGGUUAUAUUUUGAAAUCUCAAAUGAAGGCUUUGUUAGAGGAAGAAAGUGAAAAAAUAUCAAUCGAAGAGGAGAUUGAAAAUCAGCGUGCCAAAGUGACAACUACAACUCCUAUGACUCCUGAGUUAUUUUCUGAAUGGAAGAAGAAGAAGAUAGAAGAAAGAGAUGCCAAUUUAGCUGCACAACAGGCAGAGAGGGCUAAGAAUGACCGUAUGAGUGGUCGGGAGCUAUUUUUGUCGAAUGCUAGCUUGUUUGUGGAUGAUGCAGAGGCAUAUGAAAAGUACCAGAGAGAACCAGAAUCUGAUGAAACUGAACAGAAUGGGAAUGGGAAUGCUGCUGAAGAUGGACCCAGCACCUCAGCAACAGCUGGUGAUGAUGACAUAGAUGUUGAUGAUGACGAUGAGUUGGACAUGGAUGAGUUAAAUGAACUGGAAGCAAGCUUAUCCAAGACAUCGAUCCAAAUAAAGGAAACAGGAGCUGAAGCUUAAUCCUGAGAAUUAGUCGUAAUCUUCACGUGAUAUUUUUAUGCCUUUGCUGAGCAAUAGAGCAUUUGCCUGUAGCCACUCGCUCUCCUUGCUUUCAAGGAAGGUUUUUGAAUGAAGGCUGUGGUGAUAAUGAAAUUACUAUUUGCUGCAUCGCAUUCGGUAUGAAUAAUGGCAGUUUGGUAUAAUCCAGUUUCGUGUUUUGUUAGAUCUCUCAUUGGACCUAUGACAGACAUUUUUGUUAUUUAAAACGAGUAGUCUUGUGCAGACUGUACAUGAGUUUCCUCUAUGUCGAAAAGGGGUCUUCAACUGUUCUUGUGCUUGGGAUUUUGAGACCAUCAAAGCAUAAAGUGGUAUUUGUUGUGUUA